CUUUCUCUUCCUUUCUUUCUACUCCUUCUCUGCCUCUCAAGGAACCUUCGACAUCCAUCAAAAGUCAUAAAAAGAUCUCAUGAAGCUCUAUUCUGCAAUCGCUCUUGUAGCUCUUACAAGUCUGGCCUUGACUUCUAAAUCUGCACAGUCUGCUCCCCUGAACAGUUGCAUGACGUGUCUCCAGAGCUCUCUCUCAUCUUUAUCUGACUGCAAGGGUCUUGAUAUCCAAAUCGGUAACUUGAAUCCUGGCAACAACCCUUCGGCUUUCGCAACCUGCCUCUGCUCUUCCUUGGAUGCAGCCUGGGUCGAUGCCUGCACUGGUGCAGAGCACUGUGAUCAAGAUAUCCUGUCAUUCAAGAACACAUAUAGCGAAAACAUUCAAGCGGCAGGAUUGUCUUGCCAACCCACACCGGUCUUUUUACCUGCAAAAUUUUAAACAGCAGUGAUAAAGGAAAUAGC